AUGACUCCAUGGUUCGUGAUUCUCGACAACGCAGAUGAUGUAGAGAUACUUUUCACUAUGGAGGACGAUACGAAGGUGCCGACAGCAGCCUAUCUGCCCAAGACGGGCAAUGGCAAGAUCCUGGCCACUUCGUGCAGCUGGGACGCCGCGGAGAAGCUGACAGGCAGCGGCGAAGCGAUCCUGAGGGUCCCGACAAUGGAAGAGUCACAAGCGCUGCAGCUUUUCCAAAAUAAGCUCGGUCACGAUGCCGACGAAGCCGUGAGCGAAAAACGGAAGGGCACUCUGCUUCGCAGCGACAGAGGCGAUCUUCGGCGCUACGAAGGCGUGUCGAACUCUGUGGUGGUGACGUGGCAGGUGACUUUCGAGCAGAUCCGGCGAGAGCAGCCACGCGCGGCCAACCUUCUCUCGCUGAUGAGCUGCUUCCACGCGCAGAACAUUCCCGAGUAUAUGUUGCACGACUACAAUAGCGACCCUCUAAACUCUGAAAUAACUGAUAACGACGAUGACGACGAUAACGACGAUGACGACGAUGACGACGAUGACGACGAUGACGACGAUGACGACGAUGACGACGAUGACGACGAUGACGACGAUGACGAAGAGGACGAUGACGAAGAGGACGAUGAAGAUUUCGAGGACGACAUGGAUGUGCUCCUAGGCUACUCACUUGUUACUCCUACCAUUAUGCCUAGAUUCUGUGAGAUGCACUCCCUGGUGCAAUUUUGCACGCGGGUUUGGAUAUCGGAGUUUGGGGAUUGAAGACGAUGGAAGAAGCUCUUCAUUCAAUCAGCGUCGCAG